AUGGAUGCAAUCCACAAGAAAGUGUUGGCUAGCAAGACAACUGUUAUCAUGAAUAGCAUUACCAGCCCAACACUGAUUGCCGCACAACUCGGCUCAGUUUUCUGCCCUUCAGAUAGAGAGGAAAUAAAGGCUACGGAAAGCAGAUUGGGUUCCAUUCACGCGUCACAAACAUUGUUAAGUUUGUUGGAGAAGAGAGGACCGAAAGCUUUUGAUAAGUUUUUAACAGUCCUGAAUAGUCCAGACAAUCGUUUGACUCACUUAGCAGACGAACUCUUAAAAGCAGAGAGAGAACUUCGUGGAGAACAAGGUCAGUGAGCUGUUUUCGCCUCAUUUAAUUCGCUUAAAAAUUUAUCGGAGUUACAAAGCAUAAUUUGCCAAAGUAUCCCACCUCCAAUUUCCAGGAUUUAUCCUUAGUCGUUUGAGAAUUAUAGAAUCCCCGAGUUUUACAACAAAAGACAAUUUUUUCCUUUCUAGUUAACUGAUUUCAGUUCAAUUACACGCUGGUCGUAGCUUUUACGACAAAUGCUGGACAAGUUUACCACGGUUUUGGUUUUCAAUUAAUAUUUCUUUUUUCACACACACAAAAAAAAUUACUCUAUGAUAGCGUGUAGAGUAGUAUGUUCCUUGCACCAAUCAGAUCGCCCCAUUUGGGUAUGUAUCUCAGUCAUGACAAACCAUCUGCACUUGUAAAAUGUUGGUGAUGACAGAAAAUUUAUCUAAAUAAACAAGUAAGUUGGUCAGUCUGUUGGUGAGUCAGUUAGUCAAUGAGUCAGUGAGUAAGCCAGAGACUGACCUAGUGAGUCAGUCAGUCAGUUAGUGAGUUAGUCAGUCAAUGGGUUAGUGGGUCAAUGAGUCAGUCAGUCAAGUGGUCAGUUAGUAAGUCAGUUAGUCAGUGAAUCAAUUAAUGAGUUACUCAGUGAACUAGUGAGUCAGUGAGUCAGUGAGUCAAUGAGUCAGUCAGUUAAUCAGUUAGUAAGUCAGUGAGUUAAUAAAUCAGUGAGUCAGUGAAUCAGUUAAUGAGUCAGUCAGUGAAUUAGAGAGUGAGUCAGUCAGUGAGUCAAUGAGUCAGUCAGUGAGUGAGUGAGAGAGGUAGUCAGUCAGUCAAUUGGUCAGUAGGUGAGUCAGUCAGUGAGUAAGACAGUCAGUCAGUCAGUCAAACGGUCUGUUACUAAGUCAGUUAGUCAGUGAAUCAGUUAAUGAGUCAGUCAGUGGUUGAGUCAGUCAGUCAGUCAAGUGGUCAGUUAGUAAGUCAGUUAGUCAGGGAAUCAGUUAUUGAGUUAGUCAGUGAAUUAGUGAGUCAGUCAGUCAAUGAGUCAGUCAGUGUGUUGGAGAGUCAGUCAGUUAAUCGAUUAGUAAGUCAGUGAGUCAGUAAAUUAGUUAAUGAGUCAGUCAGUGAAUUAGAGAGUGAGUGAGUCAGUGAGUGAGUGAGAGAGGCAGCUCAGUUAUACCCUCUGGAAUUUCUAAGGGAGUCAGCAUCGUGACUCAUAAUUACUCUCUGAGAGAAGAAACUAUAUGGUCUCAGGGACAGACUUCUCAUUUACAUUUGACGUCUUAGAGCAAUCAACUGAUGGGCCGUCCUUUUUUUUACUUCGGGUCAAGGGUUGGUGAAAAGUAAUGAAAAUUACUCACUGAUAUGAUGAAACAAUCUGAGCAUGAAAAUCUUGACAAAUAAUUGUUGCUGACUCUUUAUCAUCAGAAGCUCCAAGACUGCCAACACCAGCAAGCCCUGAUACUCCUUCUGAAGAUGUAAACUUUGAUGAUCAACCUGAAGAAAAAAGAGAGGUGAACCCACAUUCUCUUGACUCAGGGUCUACAGAACAAUUCAGUCAUCAAGAAAGUGACAGUAGAUUGAAAAACUUGUACCAAGGCCAUGGCCAAGGUCAAGCUUUUGCUAGCAACCAGUCCUCCAGUGCUGAUAUGAAAAAUAAUGUGCUCAGUUUAGGUAAGUCUAGAUGAAAAUUUAUGAUGAAUUCCCAUUUGAGAGGAAUUUAAUAACAAGCACUUUUCCUUCAACUAUUUAAUUCUUGUUUUCUUGUCACCAUAUUCCCACCAAUAGCAUAUCUCCUUUUUUGUAUAGGUAAUCACAUGAUUUCAAGUGCAAUUGGAAUAAAUAAGCAUGAGUAAAUUUUUUCAAAGACUAACAAAAUUACACGAGCUUGUAGAGCAAGUGCAAUUUCUGGUCUUUGAAAAAAUUUACAGGUGCUUAUUUAUUCCAAAUUGUACGAGGAAAAUCAUGUGAUUACGUAUUAAUAAUAUACAUGAAAAAAUAUGAAACAGUUUAUCAUAAUUAAGCAGAAGCAAAGUGGGCACAUCAAGUGCAAAAAUAAUUUAUUCAAACCCUGCAAGUGACAUUGUGCAUUCGGUCAAAACAGCCACAUACGAUUAAAACAAUUAAAUAUACAAUAAUAUUUUCACAUCUUUACGGUGCAAAAAAGAUUACCUGGAAACUACAUUUAUCUUAACCAAUCAGAACUGAGUAAUUUUUUCAUGUAUCUUAUUAUGCAUAAAAAUACACACAGCCCACAAUUCCUCCAAUUGCUCUGACAAAGGGCUAACACUUGAAAUGUCAGCUUUUAAACUCUUCACAGUGGCCAAUUUACAUUAUCAACUCAGUAUACUCUCCCACUGACACAGCACCACAGUUUCUUUAUAAACUUACCCCCUUUAUUUAUUUAUCUUGAACUCUCUCUCCCGCAUUCUGAGAAAUGUGUUGGCUAAUGAGAUAACACAGGGAUUUAAAUCCUGGUUGUGUGAACCAUUGUGACAUGUUCUUGGACAGGUGACUUAAGUAUUGCCUCACUCAAUCUUGGAAAGUAAAUGAAUACUGGUGAACUUUUAGGGAAAGUUUAUAAAUCCCUGUGGGAGUGAAGUAUCCUAUGAUCAUUGCUUUUCCCACUGGGUAUUCCUCUUGACCAUCUAAAGGAUGUAAAUUGAUGCCAUAAUCCCUUUAAUAGGAGCCUGGGCACUCAUCUAAAAUUUUGGCAAAAGUAGAGGGUGCAUUUGUUGGAGAGAGGGUGCUUAAUUGAGGGGGGGAACUUAUCUUUCUCUUUGUACUGAUUCUGCUGUAAGUGCAGCUUAAAAAGUUAUAAAUAAAGUGGCAAUAGAAACAGGUUUUCCUUGUUUCCCUAUUUUUAAAGAAAGUGAGGGAGGAGGGGGGGUGCUUAUUUCAGGGGGGGGCUCAUGUUUGACAUUUUUGCCUAUGGGAUGGGUGCUUAUUCAGGGAGGGUGCUUAUUUCUGAAGGGCACUUAUUAAGGCAUGUGCAUUCAUUUGAGGAAUACAAUAUUUAGGUUGGCUUGACAAUGACAAAUUACAGGAACUUUUAUUUAGUUGGUUUAUUUUUUUCUCAAAAUUGGCAUAGAUUUGUUCACAGCUCUUUGUUUUCUUUCAUCCAGAUACACUUAUCAAAGACAUCCCCUACAAACUCCAGUUGCAGAUUGUGAAGUUAAUGGAUCCAUCAGAUGCCAAUCAUCAUGACUGGCGGGGGAUAGCCAGUGUAAUGAAUUUGAGUGCUGAUGAUGUAAGACAAUUAGAGAAUGCUCAAGACCAUGGAAAAAUGAAAGGACUGAUUGACAAGAUGAUUCAACUCAAAAAGAAUGUGAAUGAUCUCCUUGGUUGGUUAAGGAAUCCUAACGUAGCCAGAUGGGAUGUUAUUGAUGAAAUCAAAAAUUUUUCUUUCAAUAUUCCCCUUAAGUUUCUGUCACCUGAGACAGAAAGCUCAGAAGACCAAUCAUCAGGUGUGUUUCUUGGUUUGCUUUUUAAAAUCAACUCAUGUCUGAUUUAAUUAUCACACCACUAAUUUUGUAGGCCUCAAUUACAGCUAUCAUAAUGUAACUCAUGAAAAUGUGGUUUCAAAUUCCAGAAAGAUCAAAGAACUCUUUGGGGGAACUGGGGGCAAGAUAACACACUCCAUCAGAAUAGCCAAACAACAAAACUUAAUUCUCAUCAACUGCAGUGAUCAUAAUUCCAUAAGAUUGCGAGGCUUUUUAUGUUUUCUCUCUUUUUAAUAACAGCCUCUCUUUUAAAUGCUGAUUAAAGUAAUUUUUAUUGCUCCCAUGAUUAUUACCAAAGUUCAUACCCCAAUUUUUUCUCAGAUUCAGCAAGUACUGUAACAUUUGGAGAAAGCUUUUUGCCAGAGCCAAAAUCUGAAUUGAAAGCAGUACCUAUACAAGAACACAGUCCAGAGCUUGAUGAAAAACCUGAUGCUCGAAUUCCAACACAAGAAGAGGAUUCUAAAGACUAUCAACAAAAACGUAACUGUAAGACAAGUGCUAAUCCAGUUCAUGAAACUCUCAGGAAAGGGUCCAAUUCUAAAUUGCAUGCAGUACCAGCACAAGAACAGAGUCAAGAGCCUGAUGAAAAACCUAAUGCUCAAAUUCCCACACAAGAAGAGGAAUCUGAAGGCUAUCAAAAGAAGGAUGGCAGUAAAAAUAAUUUGCCUACACCAACUCAGGAAGAAGGCAAAGAUGAAAAAGAAUUCGACAACAAAUCUGAUGAUCAGAUGCCUACCCAAGAGGAACAAACCAAUAGUAUCUCUUCUGUUGAAGAUGACGACGUGUUUGAAAAUUCAGGUAUUCGUCAUUCUUUAACUCUUCGGAGUGAUAUUUUCUAUUAAAAUCUGAACUAUCCCUGAUAAUGAUUUGUCGUCAGACCAAAAAGCAAUCAGUAUCAAGAAAAUUAUUAACCAGGGAAUUUUUAACAUUAAGCUAGCUCAAAAGAUAAUUUAUACAUUUUGUUGUUGACUGAUGAAGAUAAUGUUACCUGUCUUGAGUGUUCUGUUGCACAGUAACGAGAAAAUGCACUUUUUAAAUAUUAAAUCAAAAAUAGAGAAUAAUUGAGUAUGUGACAAAAGUGGAAUUCUUGAGUACUGUUCUAACUCUGUUCGGUUUCAAUGACAUCUGGAUAUUAACUCAUGCCAAACCAGAAACUAUUAAUAGUAGUUUGAUCAUUUCCCAAAAUUUAUAUCAAUUUUUGGAAUAUCUUGGAAGUUUGGAGUCAGAGCAUUUGUAGUAGUCCCGAAGAGGCACUUAUAUUACUGGGUCAUUUUUAGUAACCUAUGAGUAGCAUGGAGAGAAAACCUUAAACCCUCACACCUCAACAUCAGUAUGCAUAUUCUCCAUACUGUUUUCUAUACAUUACUUAAGGUGCUGAUAAGGAGAAUUUGUUUAUUAGUCACAAAAAUAUUUAGUUGGUGAUCAUUCCCUUUACUCUUGUGACCUUACUGUGUAAUGCAGGGGUUAUACUGUUGGGAGAAAUAAGAUGCCAAUCACUCUCUAGGGAUGAAGGGUCAAUUCUUCCCAAGUUAAGCAGCAUAGUGAAAGUUGGUUAAGGUUUGCUUACAUUUUUAAGAGUUAACUGGUUUUCCUGACGUGUUUAAUGAAGGACUGUUUAUCUUGACAGACGAUGGCAAAAAGGAAUUCCAUCCUCUCUUAAUAAGUUGCUGUGGAAAUGAGGGACAGGACCAGGACCAUGAAAAAGAGCUAAAGAAGCUGCGUGAAAUCCUUGAAGAGUCUUGGGAAAGUACAGGUAUAGUCUAAUGUUAACAUUGUUUACAUUUAAUGUUGUUGUACACUUGGGGCAGAUCCAGGAAUGAUUUGGGUGGUUCCGUCAACCCCCUAAAAUAAACAUCACUGACAAAUACUAUGCAUUUGCUUUCAAAAAAAAAGAAAAAAAGAUAAACCAACUUAAAAGGGGAAAAGAUAACAUUGAUGGAAGAGAGUCUUUACUUUUCCUAGCAUGAUUUUUAAGACCACUUAGCAAGUACAAAUACAUUACUGCAACUUAAGUUUCAUUUUCUGUAUAAGUUUCAAUGACUGUAAAUACUUAAGAAUGGUAAUUUUGUUAAAUAAUUCAAAACAGAGAUGGUUGCACAGGUUUCAAAUAACCUACACUCAUCCCUCAAAAUGUUGUAAAUCAUGUUUCUGAAGACCUACUUUUCAAAAUAUCCCAAGGAAGCAUGCCCCCAGAAACCUCUAGAAGGGUCCACCCUUAGCAGACAAUUUUCUGAAUCCCCUUUGACUAAAUCAUGGAAUUGCCCCAACAUAGUCUAGUUCUGUUUAUUUGGCAUAAUAAAUGGUAUGCAUUUAUAUGUAUUUUUAUUUUCAGAUGUCCAAUUUAAAAAGAAGGUCAAAGAGCAAGAUUUGAGCAAAACAAUCCAUUCAUUUAUAAAAGCCAGUGAGUCUGGGGCAAGAAAAAGUGUUUACUUUGCUUAUUUGGUUGGACCCACAGUUCAGGUGUGUUCCUUUUUGUUUAAAGAUAUUCCAAAUUCCAUACAAGCUGGACUUUCAUUCCUUUCACCUUUUUUGGUGGCAUGAUUUUGGAGACUUAUUUUAUGUAAAUUAGCAUUUUUUUCUGAUUGUGACCAGAAAAUACUUGGUUUACAAUUUUCACUCUUUUAUAAAUAUUAAUGUUAUUAAAUUAAUGUCCAUCUUGCAGAUAAAUGGGGAAAACUACCUUCUUCCAAAUGAUCUAAAGAGUCCUUCCUCACGAGCUGACCUUAUUCACAGUUCAUUGAAUAUCAACUGGCUGGUUAAGCAACUGAGCAAGAAAUAUGUGUGUAUUUUUGUUUCUGAUCUUUAUGAUAUUUUCUAUUUGAAUUUAAAAUUGAAGGAGGAGUAUGUAUCUACUUACAUAACUUCAUGACAGUUAUAGAAGCAAAAUAAAUUUCAAAUUCACAAUAAUACUUUUUGAAGUCAUGUUUUGGCAUAUCCUAUUUCCUCUAAUCAGUAUCCAAAAUGAGCGCCUUCUCCUGAAUAAGUGGCUACCACGUAGGCCAAAAUUUCAAAGCCCACCCCCCUCCCCUGCAAAUAAGCACCCUCCAUCCCUCACUUUCUCAAAGUAAGUCUAAUGUAUAACUAUGAGAAAUAUCAUACAUUACACUUACUAUGAAAAAUUAGAUGGGUAGAGAGCAAAAUCAUUGAAGUAAUCGUUUGUGUUUCUGCUUUCUCAGAUGCAAGUAGUGAUAGUCGAUGGAGCUUAUGAGAAUCCUGUCGUGAAAGAUUGUUUAAAAUUAAAUGGAGUUCUACCAGGAUUGGCCCCGAUCCAGCCACCGCCAAAUGCAAUCAUUGCAUUCCCAUGCCACCCAGGAAUUGUAAGAAAAGAGAAAGAACGACUGUGAGUUUUAUGACAAGCAGAUUUAUUCAUGUACUUUGAACAUCAGUGACACACUUUGACAAGAAAUUGAGUUUGAUCAAAAUACUGUCAAACUUAAUUGAGAAAAACGCGAAAAUGCCAAAAUAUUUCCCGCUUAGAGUCGGGCUGGGCGAUCGGAAAGGAAUCUUCUUGUACUUGUGAAGUUCUUUGUGUAUCGCUUUAUCGUUUUGUGUGGGAUAACUCUAACAUUUUUUUCUUCAAUCCUCUUUUCCAUUCACGACUGACUCAAAGGGUCCUUUGAUUUAUAUUCAGAGAAUUCAUUACAAGCCUUGUAAAAAAGUUGGAAGGCGAACCAAACGUGAUGCUGGCAGAUCUUUUUGACCAAGUGAGAGCAGACUUAGAGGGAAAAUCUCUCAGUCCUUCAGUGGAAUUCGCCUUAAUCUCGUCUCCACUACCAAUCUGCAUCAAUUCGGAAGCAAGUCAAGGUUUGUUCAGUGGAGAGAAACAAAAAUGGUUUAUUGUUAAUCUUUGUUUUUGUGGUAUUUUAAAACGUAUAAAAGUAAGCUAUAGUAGUUCAUCUAUUGCUUAAGUUGUGAAAUGAAAAUUGGAAAUCAACUCCUUGCUAUGGAAUGGUGUGAAAAAGAUCUUAUCGGGGCCUGAAUAUUAAAAAGGAUCGGCUGGUGAUUAAAUUGUGCCUGUGCCGUUUGUUUAACUGAACCGCGGUAGAAAUUUUCAAAUAGAUCUCCGGAUGUAAGCAAAAGAUAGGAGAAAGAUAUUAAGCUAAGGUUGAAACUGCCUAAGAUUUGACGUUAGGCUGUAGUGCUCUCCGUGCCAUAAGAGUCGCAGUCAUGAAAGAAAUGUCAAUUUUUUAUUCUUUCCGCAGAAAUUCAAGUAAAUUCUCCAGUUGAGAUGAAACGCAAUGCCAUAUUAGUUUCAAACUUCAGUGAGCCAAAUGCUGAGGCGAGCACAGAUCGUUGUCUCAAGCGGGACCGUGAACAACUUCGAAUGGCCCUGUUAAAAUCUGGAUGGGAAUGUGGUAUGUUGUAGAAACUCAAAAGAUCUUACUGUGUAACUUAACUAGAGUUGAUAGUUAAGGCGUCUUCUUAUGAGUAUGGUGUAUGGAAUAUCGCAUCAACACACUGUGGAUAAAGCAGAAGAAGAAGAGGAGGAAAGCAUGUAUUCAAAAUCAACUCCUUACUAAGAAUCACGGGAACCGAGAUUCAUAAGGAACCAUUUGUUAUUUACCGCCAAGGGUGGGGAGAGGAUUUCGGGGAUCACAUGGUUUUCAGGAGGAACGGAAGGAAGGGGGAUCAGUCGCCGCCAACUGACUGUACAGGGGGGACUAUAGGAAAUUGUCUGUCAAUUAAUGAUCAAUGAGGAGGGAAUAUGACAGAGCCUGAUCGGGAAAUCAGGUACAUUAGUUUUAUUGUGACACAAGCAAAAUCCUCCACCACAACCCCCCCUCCCUCCUCCCUUCUCAUGACCCCAGGUUAUGCUUAACACUUUAACCUUUAAGAGUGACUGGCGUCUAAUUUCUACUAACAAUAUCACCCUUGAAUCACACAUUAAGGUCAUGAGAAUAAAGGAAAUGAUCACAACUAAAGAAGCUCCUGAUUGUUAAACAAAUUCUCCUCGUUAGCACCUUAGGAAAUAUAUAAUGAAAAUGCAUAAUGAUGAUAGGGUGUAAAGGGUUAAUUACUGGUGAUCUCUUGUCGGUUCCUAAAAGGAAAGAAGAUGAGAAAAAGGGGGCAGUGAAGAUUGCGUUUCGUGGUUAACCUGCCUUGGUUCCUCCAAGAAGGGCCGGACAUUAUCCCCUAUAGCUCUUCUAGUUUUAAGCUAGGUUAACUGAAGGAUGAAGGUAGAAAGGUCAUUCUCCAUUCGUAUUCAGAAAUCGGGCCGAAAUAUACUUUUAUCAUAAACAGGAGGCCAAAUUCGUCUAUCUAUCUUGCGUUACAUACCCCCUUUCUGCCCUCAAAAACACAUUCAUAAGCCUGAGAAUAAACACGCGGAACAUUACGAGAACAAAGGUCUCGAAACAGAUUUAAGCCCACACGAAAUGUCCCCGUAAGUUUGUAUGCUGCUUACGAAACACGUGUAUUGUUGGAGAAGGGGAGGAAUAUGCGAAUACGCAAAAGUGGCGUGUCAUGGACGAACGAAGAAGUUCUUGAGCUCUUGGGAUAAAAUUAUAUUCUGUAUUUUUAGUCUUGCAGUUCUAAAGGUUUUUUUUUUCUAUUUCAAUAGAGGAUUUUUGUGACAAGUCUGCUAAGGUUGUCAAAGAAAAUUUAAGAAGGACAUUGACCAAGCUGGCUGAUGGUGAAAAGAAAGAAGUUAUGCUCUAUUUCAUGGGACACACCAAAAUGGUAUAUGAACUAUAAUCAGAUGCAUUAUAGCGUAGAAACUGUAUAAAUGCUUUUUUUUCUUCUUCAUUCCUUAACCAUAACAACGGAAUCGAAAAGGUCGAACCAGACCUUUAUACAAUGGCGAUGUUAAAUGAUAUACGAUCGAACCUCGAUUAUCCAGACUCGUAAGGACUGGGCUCAAUAGUCCGGAUAAUGCAGAGUGCGAAUUAUCGAAAUAUAUAAAUGUAAUGUUCGUAGAUAAUGGGAUCAAAGAAACAUGUCCGGAUAAUCUAAAAAUCCGGAUAAUCGAGUUUCGGAUAAUCGAGAUUUGACUGUACUUGCUUCCGUUUUCAUCAGUUCGUCAAAACUAUGCCAAUUACUUCUUUGCACUGGUUUUUUUUCCAUGUAUAUCACUCAAUCAUGUCUCUGAUGGUCCUUUGUAUCGAUUGCUCAGUGUGUGGUCGACUCUACACAACGAUACAUUUUUAGAGAGACCUUAUAUGCAAUGCUGGGGAAUUCAAAUUGUUCUAGAGGACAUUGCACCAAUGUUCGUUUCAAACACUACAACAAAACCAAAAGAAAAAUCUUCAGGAGCAGUUAACGAGUAGAAUUGCCAUUUGCCUCUUUAAACCAUUUAGUGUCAGUUUUUAAUCUCCUUUUUCUUGCCCCUCGUAUAUUUGUUACAAUUUGUGAAUCAAUGUCAGUAUCUGAGCGGCAGUCCACCUACUCCUCCCUAAACCAACAAAAGUCAACUGAUAAUAGGUCAGGGUUAAUGUUGGAUUAGGGGAGGGGUACUGAUAUCCAUCCCAUUUGGUAAAAUAUCUCAGAGAUAUUUUACCAAUUUUCUUUCUGUUUUAUCAUUCUUAUGGAAGCGGCUUUUUCGGGACAGAUUUUGUUUACUUUAAAUCUGGUUUUUUUUCAUUUUCUUUAUUAUUUAUUUUUUUUCUUUUGUAGAUAAUGGACUGUAACUAUUUUUACGGAGGGGAUAUAGAGGCUCUUUUAGAAGAUCCAUACCGCUCGGGUGUAUCGCUUCAAUGGGUGUUGGAUCUCAUGUGUGAAAAAAUUCAUGGAGUAAGUAAUUCAUACUUUUCUGAGAAAGAUAUUGGCUAUUUAGUGCGAAAAGCUGACUUUGCUUAAGGGUUCGCUACAGUAACUUACACCCUCCGCCUUCACGAUGAAACAAAAAUGGUUUGUUUGCGGCUGUAAACGAAAAACUUGCUAGGCUGCCACACUAUUCGCCGGCCGUAAGGGCGUGUGUCUGUUAACCCUCUACACCCGUUGGUGAUCACUUACCAUAUUCUCAUGACUUAAAUGUUUGAUUGAGCAGUUGUGCUGUGAGAAGAAAUUAGAUUUUAGUCAGUGGUGAGUUGACAUUUGCCGUCACAGUUCAACAACUGACUGCGCACUUGUUUCAUUAUGCAGCCAAAACUAUUGGUAGUAGAUGACGUGGGCUCAAACCCCAACAACCCAGAAGAACUGGCGGAGAUGUCCGCACCUUUUGAUGUUAUGAUCAGUUUACCACGAAAAGACAGGUUUGUGAUCUUUCUCUCCAUUUUUCUUCGUUUCUUUUUUCCUUCUUUUCCCUUUUUUUUUAAUUAAUUAUUUUUUUUGGGGGGGGGAAGGGGUGGGGGAGAGCAACUUUUAAGGCCCUAAAUGCUUUCGCGAUGGCGGAACGGGGGGUGGGUUAGUUCAGCAAAUGAGCCCUUACUGGGUGUUAUGUUUUUGUUCAAGACGCUAGUCUUUACCUAGAUAAUCUCGUUCCCAGGUCUUUUUGAUAAAAGACGGGUCAAGAUGUUGACUGCCUACUAGACGUACGCUUUUGUUUCCAUUUGCACUGAAGUUCGAUUGCAUUUCCAUAGAGUGUCGUAAUAGCGAAAGGAUCGCAAAGGCCAAUCAAAGCUAAGGAAGAUUUCACAACAAUCCAAUAAGAACUCAAAGUAGAUUCAAGUAAAUUUUUACAAAGGGCGGGAAAUACGAAUGAUCUUGUCGCGAUUGGCUUUAGUUUUACAUUUCAUUGGUUGAUUGGUUAUACUUUUAUAUAUGAUUGGUUGAUUGGUUUUGAUUUUGCAUCUCAUUGGUUGAGAGGGGUGCAAGUUUUCUAGUCCAAUCACAAAGUGAAGUUAAGAAAUGCUGAUUCAAUUCAGAAUCACCUUGGUUACUUAACCCUUUAACUCCCAUGAGUGACCAAGACAGAAUUUCCCCUUACAAUAUCAAUACAAUAUCAACCAGAUAAGUGAUGAGAAUAAAGAAAAAUAUCAUUUUGGGGAUAAUUAAUGGAUCCAAUACUAAAUUCUCUGAACUAACAUUACAAGAACUGUAUGGUUGAGAGUAAGGAGAAUUACAAAUUUGAUCUGGGAGUUAGGAGGGUUAAUUGGAAACUACUUCGUAAGAAGACUAAAAGCUUUAAUUUCGCUCUGUGAAUGAACUGUUACAAUUCUUUCAUUAUUUUCUCCUUUACUUCAUCUUUCAGGCCGCGUGCAAGGAGUUUCACUAACAAUUUUGGGCGUCUGCUGGGUGAAAACUCAACGAAGUUGUCUUUGAAGGACAAGUUGGAAAAAGCUGCGAUGAAGGACCCUCACCGGCUCAACUCAAAUUUAUUAGAACCCAGAUAAGAUGGUUGCAUCAAAAAAAAAAUUUACAUAGUGUAGCUUUAAAAGCCAAUUUUUAUUAAUAUUUAUUGAAUUCACAGAGUAAAGUGGAGUAUGGUAGAGUAAAAUAUAGAUUGGACGCAUUUAACCACGAAGCAGUCAAAGUAUAUAAUAUUCUGAUUAUGAGCUGAUCCUCUCAUUGAUGAAAGCGAUUUUCUUGAAUUAUUUUGACGACUAGUUUUAAAUGUGCACUUUUAUGAAAGGUAGCGUGUGACAUUUAUAAUCAAUUCGCGAUGCGAUCAUAUUUAACUAAUCAUUUUAAGCCGAGCACGACAGUUUUUGCCGCGUCAGCAAGUACUCACGUGUGAUCUUUCUCAAAGUGCAUUGUUGGCUGAAGCUGCCUUAAGUGACACCUGUGUUUUAGCGAAUACAGAGGUUUAUCUUGGAAUAACGAAAGCGGAAUGCACGAAAAUUAAGUAAAUUUUAUUGUCUCGGAAUCAGCUUAGUUUCAUGCAUGGAAACUGAAAAUAAUCUUAUCUCAUAGUUAUAGGGGUACUUUUUUUUUUUUUAAUUGUGCAGUUUCGUUGUUGUUUUUGAUUUUUAUAAUACUUCAAUUCAUAUUAAAAGGGGACAAUAUUGGUAACCUUUUCCAGUUCACUUGCAGAAAUAUACGUUUUGUUAAGCUGGGGAACUUAAUAGAAAGAAGGAACAUUAUAAUAUUUUAACAUACAUUUCUUCCCUUCCUUUGUAAUUUUCGUUAAGUGGAAGAAAACAGUUUUCAAUUAUUGCUUGCUGGAGUAGACAAACUCCACAUAGUCCUGAAUAGUCUGAGAUGGAACAAGAGUGUUUAAGGAUAGGUAAUAUUAAAACGGAUUGCAAACCUUGAUCUACUAAAGGCAGCCGGAAUGGUCAAUGUGAUUAGGGCAGUUUUUGAGUGUCGAUAACGAAAAGUUAAGUAAUUCCAGAACAAUAACCAUAACAUGCAUAUGUUCCAGAAAUUCGUUUUCGGUGCGUGGUACUGUUUUAAGUUUCAUCCUUUGGGCUUUCAAUUCACAAUUGAUGGACUAAAUUGAUGGACUAAAUUGAUGGACUAAAUUCUUCCGCGGGCCUUUUUUAAUGAGCCUGACAGCCUCAUUAGGUGGCUAAUAAAAAAAAUCCGUUUAAUAGGGAAAACCAAAUGAAAUCGUUGGUUUUUUAUCAGGUUUGAUUUACUCAUCACAAUUUUUAUUUAGUCUACGAUUUGCUGUUUCUCACGUGUUUGAAUUUUAAUUAUAUGCUCGAAACUGUGUUAAACAGUUUCUAUCAUGGGGGAUUACUAACCAGUAAACAUUACAAUUCCUUAAAACAUACCUUAUAAGAAUUAAACUGGC